CGCCGUCUUCGAAGGGUCAUCGUUGCCACCGGUCCUGUACAGCGCACGCUUGUAGUGGAACCGAUUUUGUUGUGAUACUGUAACGCGACCAGCGGCACAGACGCAUCCAGCUGCGAGGCAGUAUUCCUUGGGCCGCCCUGAUCGAACGUGCUACACAAACGCAGCUAACCACAGGGAAGCAUCAUCUCGGCCACGUGCACGAUGAAUCUGCUAGCAACACUCACGGUGGCCUGUUUGGUAGUGUUGGUAGUGGAACUACCGGCCAUCCACGGGCAGUCUUGCGAUGGGAAAUGUUUGCCGCGAAACAAAUGUCAACGGGAGUUGUCGGAUGAAGACGAUGCAGUACCGGAUGUGGAUUUGCGUAUAGGUCAGCAAAAUUCGGACGUUGUCGGCAAUUGUCCUCACUAUCUGGAUGUGUGCUGCCCACCGGGCGAGGAACUUGAGGAACCGCUCACACACGAACCAACCAGCUUCCAGCCGUGCGGUCAGCGGAACAGUAACGGUGUAGGGUUUCGUAUCGGCGCCGGAAAGGUGGAAGAAUCCGAAUUUGGCGAAUUCCCAUGGACGCUGCUGGUUCUAGAGCUGCAAAAGCUGUUCGAUUCCGAGGAGAAGGAAGUGUAUGCGUGCGUCGGCUCCCUUCUCGCACCGAAUGUGGCCCUUACGGUGGCACAUUGCGUUAACAAAAAGUCCCUCAGCAGUUUGUUAGUGCGGGCCGGUGAAUGGGACACCCGGACCGAAUCCGAAGUACUCCCCUAUCAGGACGCCAAAGUGAAGCAAGUGUUGAUACACGACCGUUACAACAAGCAGCACCACUACGAUGUGGCUCUGCUGGUGCUGGAAAAACCGUUCGAGGCGGCAGAAAACAUCCAGCUAAUCUGUCUACCACCGCCCAGUGUGCGGCCUCCGGUCGGUACGGAGUGUUUGACCGGUGGUUGGGGUAAGGAUAGGUUCGGACAGACCGGCGUUUACCAGCAGAUACUGAAACGGGUCACGCUGCCGAUCGUCGAUCAGGCCCAAUGCCAGACAGCCCUGCGGAAAACACGUCUCGGCGCAGGCUUCAAGCUGCACAGUUCGUUCCUGUGUGCCGGAGGGAAAAAGGAUGCGGACGUGUGCUCCGGCGACGGGGGUGGCGCUCUGGUAUGCCUGCUGCCAGGUUCGCAAACCGCAUACUAUCAGGCGGGUAUCGUUGCCUGGGGUAUCGGAUGCGGUGAUGAGAACAUACCCGGAGUGUACGCGGACGUGGACACCGUGCGUUCCUGGCUCGUGGACAAUCUGAACGCGUUGAAGGUCGAUCCGACCUACUACACGGCUUCGUGAGUAAACGAAGGUCAAUGGCCAUGAUGAAAAUUCCCAGUUAACUUAUCACUCAUCGCAUAAUCCAACAGAAAAUAAAAAGAUCAUUAUUCCAUAAA